CAGGAAUGAUGGUCAAGAUGUUGAUCCAGAGGUUUGUACAUGCAAGUGUCUUGACCGACUACAUGUUAUUCGACUCUCGACGACGAGCUUUCCGUCUGUCGACGUCCCAUGUCACGUUGGCGCUGACCCGACGCAAUCCCACAAAUCAGCAACACUAGGCCGCAGACUUCAGGCCUUGCGAAAGACGACUGAUUUGGUAUGCUCAUCGCGUGCACUGUUCGUGAUGAUUUGACGUUGACGCGCUAUUGUGCUUCACUCAGGCCCAGCAUUCGAAAGCCGUCCUCCUUCCUUAUCUUCUCCCAUCGGAACCCUUCCUGAUCCCAAGACCGCCGAGGCGAUGGGCGUCAACAAACUCUGGGACGCCAUUCGAGCAAGGUAUCCGCAAGAGAAGGAAGACACUGUACCUCUGCCACAACUUGGUGAAGAGUACCUGAGGAAAAAUGGUCGACCAUUUCGGGUCGCCGUGGACGUCUACCCCCGAAUUUUCGCGGACAAAGGUGCUACCGAUGCGAUUCGAGAUAGCGGUGGCAUGAACCACGCAUCCAAGAAUGUCUUUUACUUGGCUAUGCACUUCCUCGAAGCCGGCGUUCAACCUGUUUUUGUUUAUGAUGGUGACGGCAAGCCGGCAUUCAAGCGGCAGAGAUACCACGACUACCGUCGAUUCACCAAAACAAAGCGUUUCCUCCCUAGAGCUGAAUCAUCUACGACGCGUUCCGUCGAGGAUAAAGAUCGUGAUCAGAGUUUGGCACAUAUUGUUCAGCUGACCAGAGAAACAUUCACCAUUCUUGGCCUGCCUUGGGUUGACGCAACUGGUGAGGCCGAGGCCGAAUGCUGCGCCAUGCAACGAGCAGGAUUGGUUGACGGAGUUGUUACGACAGAUGGCGACGCGUUCAUUUUUGGCAGUAGCCUAGUGCUAGAUCUUUGCAACAAUGAGGGAAACAAACCUCGCAGAGCAUACGUCUACACUUCCCGAAACACUAUGAGCCGUGGCUUUUGCCUUUUGUUUGCUCUGGUCAGUGGAGGAGACUACACCAACGGCCUGAAAGGCUACGGUCCGAACGCGGUACAAGAUCUGUAUGAUGCGUUUGGUGAAGAGCUGAACAGAAUACUCGGCUCCGAGGAAGACGUCGUGGAGAAGGUUGUCGCUUGGAGCGAGCAAUUGGGUACGAAGCUGAAGCAGUCCUCAAUUCCUCGAUCGGGAGACCUAGCGAAGAAGCUGUCUCGUGGGUUUCCAAAAGACGUUGUCCAACACUAUCUCGACCCCAGCAUACACCCUAGGAACGAUCUGAGACAGUGCUUGCCUGAGGACGCCUGGGUACGGCCGAUGAAUGUUUCGCGCUUCCGCCUCCACACAGAGGAGUAUUUCGACUGGAAAGGUCGUUAUUACGCUCGCAAGUUCGCCAAGAAUAUUUGUCCAGCCCUAAUGGUGCGAUAUCUCAUGAUACAAGGCUUGCAACGCCAUACCCGGCAGCUACUACCUGAGUGUGGCUUUCGGCUUGACAGAGCGAAAGUGGACGAUGUCGCAAGGAUCAAGGUCUUCUAUAAUCCGGAGCAGUUACUGCAGAUGAAAGUAUCUGCCGAGCCCGUCAUAGAAGGCUACCUGCGAGAUUUCAAGUUUGAUCCAUCUAAAGAUCAGUUCGCUUGGCUGCCCCGGUGGCUGAUCGAGUAUGGCGCACCUGUCUCCUAUACCUGGUGGCACAACAGCAAAGGCAAAAGUCUCACCAAAGCUGUACCUCGGAAAGCUCCGAAAGCUAGGAAGCGGUCGCAGCCUGGUGCUAGCAAUGAUGACAACGAUGUUGAACCGACUACACCACAGCGGAAGAGAUAUCGUGCCAGGCCGACGACCCAACCAUUGGCACCACAACCAAUGUUUGCGCCAUCUCUUUCCCAACAUUCUGCCAAUUCCAGUGUUGAUCUUCCUCCCCUUGCAGCUCUGUUCAACAAGGACCUUGAAUGUUUUGGGCCCCAUGCUGCCCACGAUAUGUCGACGCCUGAAUUUGACAAGGAUCUUUCCAGAGCAACUAACCUCAGCCGACUCGAUGCAGGCAGCGUUGAAGUCAUUGAGCUAAAUUCAUCUCCAUGCUGAUAAGAAGGCCAUUCUCAUAGCACUGUGAUACCAGGGCGAAGGGUGUGUAAGGCUGGGGCCGUCACCCGCAAACAGUCCUGCGGUGUGUGCAAUUCGUUAUUAUCGUGACCCAUGGCCUUCAAACUCCACUUUCUUACUGCGGUUUCGCGACUUUA